AUGCCCACAUUCACAGUCUUCAAAGGCAGUAAGGACGGGGCCAUUGUCAAGAGCUCGACCACCAAGUCGGACGAUCUGGAGGGCGAUCAGGUCCUUGUCAAGAUCACGGCGUCCGGGCUAUGCUAUACAGACCUGCACUACAAAACGCAGGACAUGGUCCUUGGACACGAGGGUAUCGGUCGUGUGGAGGCUAUCGGACCCAAGGUCAAAGAACUUACAGUCGGUGACCGAGUAGGCUGGGGUUAUGAGCAUGACUGCUGUGGCGGCUGUAAGCAUUGUCUGACAGGCUGGGAGACCUUUUGCCCGGACCGAGCCAUGUAUGCCGAGGCAGAUCUCGACCAGGGCAGUUUCGCAAGUCAAGCGGUCUGGAAAGAGACUUUCCUCUUCAAGAUUCCCGACUCAUUGAGUGACGUUGAUGCUGCCCCGCUGCAGUGCGCUGGAUCUACUGUCUUCAACGCUCUUCAAGGUGUGGGCUCAUCAGACGUGGUCGCCGUGAUGGGUGUCGGUGGUCUUGGACAUCUUGCACUCCAAUUCGCUGCCAAGUUAGGUUGCCGAGUUGUCGCCAUCUCGGGAUCGGACAGCAAGAGGGAUGAAGCGAUGAAGCUUGGAGCCCACGAGUUUAUUGCGACGAAGAAUGCGAAAGAACUCAAAGUGGAGAAGAAGAUCACUCGGCUGAUCGUCACCACCUCGGCGCAGCCAGAUUGGGAAAAGCUGUUGCCCAUUCUCGAUCGACAAGCCGGAAUUUACCCCCUCUCAGUUGACCCGGGCAAAUUCGAGCUCCCGUACAUGCCUCUUCUGGUAAAUGGCAUCAAAGUCCAGGGUGGAAUCGUUGGCACCCGAGCAGUACACAGGAAUAUGCUCGACUUCGCCGGCCAGCAUGAUAUUAAACCCGUCACCGAGACAUUCCCUCUCAACGAGAAAGGUAUCAAGGAGGCUAUGAGUAAGCUUGAGGCGGGUGAGGUCAGAUACAGAGCCGUUCUUUUGAACAAGGAGUAG